AUGGGACAUGAACCAGGACAGAACCUGAGCAGGUGGAAAUUUGGGGGCCUCGUUCGGGCCACCCUCAUUCCUUGUGCCAACUACUGUGGUGCCAUGGGCACCAGCGGACUGCGGGUGGAUGGGCUGCAAUGCUGCGUGGGUGGAGGCUGUGUCCCUCUUCUAAAUCCUUGCUGCUGAUGCUUGUCCUUCUGGGCCAAGAUGUGGGACAUUACAGAGCUUUUUGAGUCCUCUCAGGCUGAUGAAGCAGCAGAAGGUGAGGCCUUGACGUAUCUGACAAGGCGCCGCAAGGGGCUGGCAGUGAACACGUGCGUCCAUGCCAUCUUCUGCAAACUUCCCCACGACCUCAGAGCAGGGGACCACGUGUGGUCUGGGGAAACCGUGGCUGGUGCUGGGCUUCUCUGCUUCCCCAGGCACAGCAGGACUGAGAAGGGUUUGCCAACUUCCUUGGGGGACAGCCAUGGCCCGAAGGUUGGGAUUAUUGGCAGGGGCCACCUUGGGAAGCAGCCGGCCCAAGCAUUCCUGAUGCUGAGCUGGACUCUGUGCACCAGUAUCCAUGUUUCCACCAGGUGCCCUGAGAGCCUGCCAGACCUGCAGAAGCAGGGGCUCGCGUGCUUUUAUGACAACACUCAGCUAGUGGCCUGGGUGGAUGUUGCGUUCCUCUGCUGCCUCCCAUCACAUGUGCCAUCCAUCUGCUCUGUCGUUUGGCCUGCCAUCCAGAAACACUGUGUUGUGUACAGCCUCGUCACCACUGUCCCUCUCCUCAGAACCUUCAAACCCCACGACCCCACCCGUGCCGUGCGUCCCACCGCCGGCUCCGGGCACCUGCUCCGCCGCAGCGCAGCCCGGGCUCUGCAGGAGCACCGUCUCCCUCUGCCUCUCCCGGAACGCUCGUUUCGGCUGCCUCCGCUCUCGGGGAAAAUAAGAGUCAAUGCUGAAUGGCUGGUGGCCAUUUUCUGUGCAGCCCUGAACAGCAGCAUGCGGCAGAGCCUGCCUCACCAGAAGGCACUGAAAUUACUCAGUGACCUCUGUGUUCCUGAACGCUGCCCCAUCUGUGCAGAGCAGAAAACUUCCUGCCCACAGUUUGUGUGCAAGAGUUUUGCCAGCAAAGGUUUUGCCUCUUCAAGGAGUCAAGAGGGAACCUUCCCCUGCUUUGACCUGACAGCUGCACAACUAGAGCCUCCCUUUGGCCAGCUGCUAGAAAAGAGUGAGCUUGUCCAGCGCCAUCUUGCUCUAUUAUAGCAGGCACCCUUUGGAGACUGGCCUACAAAGCAAUGUGGGCUGAUCAGCACCAAGACAUCUCUUACUUCAGCUGUAGUGGAGCCUGGUGUGAUGUUGGAACAAGCCUCCAUUCUCCAAGCUGCUACUGACAUUUUCUCAGAAAUUCCAGAGGAAACUGCUGACCAUGAUUCUAAAUCCUCGUAA